AGCUUGAUUGUGGCCUUGUCUUCAAAUUCUCACUUCUGCAGUCAGUGACAGGUGAGAAAAUGACGCUCUCCCUUGGUCGUUCAUAAAUUGUUUUAUGCUGAAAAACGUUGACUGUAGUCCUUUUGGUUACUGGACAGAAGGAAGCCUAAUUAGGGAGGUUGUAAUGGCUAUUUACAGUUUUGAGUGUGAUUUUGCACUUGAGAUUAGUUGUUUAAGGGUCCGUGUUUCUGACAUCUUAGCUUUGUAAAGCUUACCAAUUUGUUAUCUACUUCCUCAUUUUUCUGUUGUUAGUUAAAUUUAAUGUAUAUAUAAUUUAGGUGAGAAAGAUGUAUUUCUUAAAUUUCUUUUUAUGGAAAGUCAGUAUUGACAGAACACUGUAGAGAGAUUCUGUGCACUCUUAAAUGUAUUUUGGAUCACUUACAUGGAUUAACUUUCUUUUCCAUCCCUGCUUCUCAGUCUUCCUUGUAACUGAUGUGGGGGUAAUACUGCAGUGUUGUUCUUUGGGCAUGCCAAUUAAUCUUCCUUUCUUAGGGUUGGUGGCAGUAAUUUGAGGAUUCAGUAGGACUACAGUAACCACUACUGUCUUCUGCUUGAUGAGAAAGCAUCCCAAGURACUUAUAUGGUGUAAAUCUAGAAUUUUGAAUUAAACAACUUCAGUACUAUUGUAUGAAAUAACAGGGUUUUAAAGCAGUGGUGCACUUUCCAGAGAAGGCUUACAUUUGAGCUAUUUACAGAGAUUUUAAUUUUUGUAAGAGCCAACAACUGCAGCGGUUGCUGCUGGGAGGGGAAGUUGUAAUGAGCAAGAAGUACAUGGAAUGCAGAAUAUGGUCCAACAUCGUUGUUGGUUGAAUCAGAGUGACUGGAACUGCGGAAUGGAAAACGAAAGGAGGCUGCUACUGCUUUUUACAUGUGGGUGUUCAGAGUGACAAUUAGGCUGAUAAAAAGUUGAAAUCUCUGUAGAAUAACCAUUUCCAAACCAUGUGGAGGUAAUGUUAUGCAUGACCACAAAAUACUACUAAAAAGUGAGUGUUAGUAUCAUGUUGUACUGGCAGUGGCAUCUGCUUUCUGAAGUUAGAAGAAAAGCAGUUGCUGAACUGAGAUUGUUGAUUUACCAUUGGUGUCUUUUUAUCUCAGCUCUGGGGCAUUUUUGCAGUAUGAUGGUAAUUAUGUAAACAAAAACUAUGYGACGAUGCUUGCAGUUACAAGAAAUAACCUCAGAUCUCAUCUGAAAGAGCCUUAAAAAGGAAAUAAAAUUCAGAAAUGUAGUAGUAUUAAACACAGAGAGUAGUAAUUGUGUUCAUUUUGAAUAGAAGAGUAUCAAAUGUCACAAAACUUGUAAUUAAUGUAGUUGACCAUUAAAACUAAGUAAUUAAUGUAGUAGACCAUGCAAUAGUAAAGCAAGUAUUUGUUCUAAAAAAAUUGCAUUCUAAAAAAAACAGCUGGAAGAAGGCAAAAUCUGGUGGCUUUGUUUUAGCAAAGUAACUGGAACUUAGAGUAGGAGGUUGAAUUACAUGACCUGUGAGGUUCCUUUCAACCCAAAUUAUCCUGUGCUAGUGCUCCUAUGCUCUUACAGGCUAGCAUUUUUGUUUUAACAUUCCCACUACUUUUUACCUGGGCUUGCAUACAAAUGUUACCACUGUCAUUAGGCAGUACGCAGUUACAUAUUUCCUUUUGAUUUAACAGAGCUGCUAUUUCAAAGCCUCUCACCCUGGCUGUGCACCGAUUCUGGUGGGUUCCUUACGUAUUCGUACAUCCCAUGGGGUUCUCAGCAGGAGCCCAGUGAGAUGACUAAUAUGAGUAAUACUAGCAUGAUCUGAGUCAACAUUUGAGCUCAUGCUUACGUUUGUAUUUCUCUAACUUGUUUCAGAUACCAUUUCUUUAUCAGAAGGUGAAUGAGAAGCUUUCUUGAAUUUCUGAAUAUGAGAUUUAGCAUAUUAUUCCGUAAAAUAGAUCUAUCUUCAUGGAGAUGUGAAAAACGGUACAAAAAUGUGAAUAUACAAAGAAGCUUCUUUAUAGUAGUUCUUCUGAAGGAACUGUUACCCAGUUUUAUUUGCCUCAUACAAAUAGAUGCUUUUUGCUGCAUGCUGUGUUCAUUUAGAGAGUACAUUGUAUCUCUCACUUAAAUGGGUUGUAUGCCUCUCAGUACAGUGAGAGCUACCGACAAGUGUAAGGUAGGUUGUCAUUGUCAUUUGCAACCUGCAAGAUGCUCAGAGAAACACAGUGAUGCCUCACUCAGAUGUUAAGCUCUGUGGGUUAUGCAGUACUGGAUGCAGAGAGGUCUGGUUCACAUGGACAGUGAUAACCCCCAUGUGUUAUGUGGAGCGACUUGCCUAGAAGGCAGUUGUCCAUCUAAUUCUGGUUAUGUAGUUACUGUAUCACACAGUCAAAGCUAAAUCUUUAAAUCUGAUUUGCAGGGAAAAAAAAAUCCAAUCUGGUGCAGGCAACUAUUGAUUUAAAAUCAAUAAAAGCAUUGUUCUUUUAUGAGGUAAGUUGUCUCUGCAUCUGUCUUUGGCAAUGAUUCCCACAACAGUAUUACCUGGUGCCUUUUGCUGUUAGUAGAUUGCAUUUUAAUCAUGGUUGCACAUUUCCUUUUAUUAGGUAGGGAGGCAUUAGCUCUUGAUGCUUUGAUUUUCUGUCUUCUUGGCUUUCUUCUGGUGWGGUUGUUUUUUUUGCGGAGGUCGGGGGAGGGGGUAUAUAUGUGUGUGUGUAUUUUCUUUUUUCUUAGAGUCUUUAGUACUUGUUUAUAGCUCAUAUGAAUCAAUGAAUUGAUUCUGUUUUUUUUCUGGUUUUUGUGGUGCCAUGAAAGACAAUAUUCCAGGUGAGUUGAGAAUGUUUUCAAUCCCUUCCCUCUUUUCAUUGGAGCGCUUUGUUUCUUGUCUCACGCGUGCCUGUAUUUAGCAGAGAUUCUGUUGAGCUGCACAUCCUGUGAAUGGUUGUUUUGCUCAUCUGCUUACAUUUGGUUUAAAAUUUAAUGUCAUGUGGGAUUAAGUGCAAGUUAUUCUUUCAGGAGUUUAUAAUUUUGUAUUUGUUGACAUCAGUUGUUACCUGUCUUCUGUUUUUCUUUGUUUGGCUAGCUCUCCAUUUUGAUCCUGCUCGUCUCAUGUAGACCAGUUAUCACCGAAGUUCUUUUCAGGCUAGGACUUUGAAAAUGCUAUAUACUUGCAUAAAUGUAUAUGGUGUGGUAUUUCUUGCUCUGCCAGCAUCCCCAGAUGCAGGUGUGGGACCUUUUCUGGUAUUUACCCCAAUUCUUGAUCUGUGUGUUGUUCAUGGUGUGGUUUUUAUUUGACAGUCCAGUGGAGCUGGUUUAGCUGGUUUUACAUUUAUCAUUCUGCUUAUGUGCUUCAGCAGCUGCAAUAGCUUGCACGACUUAAGAAAGUCUUUUACAGGAUUUCAUAGUUAUGACCAAAAUGUUCAUCAGUAUUCGACAUGUCACACCACUGGCUGCAGCUUGGAUUUCUAGCAGAGUCCAGUAUUUCUAAAGUAAAUUGAUAAUAUCCAAUCUUGAUACAUAAAUACAAGCCUGGCUCCACCUUCUGAAUGACUUCCAUGCUGGUAUUGGGGACUGCUGCGAGGCUGCCCCAGUCCCCUGGAUGUGGAACAGGCUCUGCUCUGUGCUGCAGCCCCCCGCUGUCCUAGAGUUUCACAUGCUUUUGCUACCUUUCAAUUUCAGAAAUGAAGUAUGCGAGCAGAAAGGUCGUUAAACUUCAGCCAGUUGAGACCAAUGCAUUCUGUUUUGCUGGAAUGAAUGUCUUCUAGAACUAGUUACGAGGGUGUGCCAGUACAUUUGGUCCUUCCAUCAAACUGGAUGAUACAAGCUCACAAGUCAGGCCCUUUCCUGUGCUGGGAGAGUCACAGAGGGACUGUAUGUAUUUUUUCACUGCUGCAGAAAAGCUGCUGUUGUGCUUAAGCGCUUUCAAAUGGAGUUUCCUGCAACCACAGAAGUGUUGCGCAAAGAGAGCAAGGAUACAUUAUGUUCCACCUCUGCCUGUGUGCCUGCUUUGUCUGACUUUCUGUGGAUUGCUGCGGCAAAUGCUCUGAACAAAACCAAAACAAACUAUGGCUUGUCUUACAAUGACAAAUAUGGACAGUGCAGCAGCUUCCACUGUCCAUCAGAAUGGUGACAUCCGUGGGAAUAGCAGUGCUCCCAAGGAGACAGAGCCGUUGCUUCAAGUGUACCUUUAUCAUUCUCCUGGGAAGACAGAAGGAGAUUACCUUCAGUUUUCAGCUGGAGAAUAUGUUGCAGAAGAGAUUUGCGCUGCUGCCUGUAAAGCCUGUGGUAUCAUGCCAGUGUAUCAUAACAUGUUUGCACUCAUGAGUGAAACAGACAGAAUGUGGUAUCCCCCAAAUCACAUCUUCCAUGUAGAUGAAGCAACCAGACUCAUCCUGAUUUACCGGAUAAGGUUUUAUUUUCCCCACUGGUACUGCAGUGGCAGCAACAGAGCAUACCGGUAUGGCAUUCUUCGUGGUGCAGAAAGCCCCGUCCUUGAUGAUCUUGUCAUGUCUUAUCUAUUCGCACAGUGGCGGGCUGAUUUUUUGGAUGGAUGGGUACAGAUGCCUGUUACUCACGAAACACAAGAAGAAUGCCUUGGAAUGGCUGUUCUAGAUAUGAUGAGAGUGGCCAAAGAAAAGGACCAAACCCCAAUGGCUAUUUACAAUUCAGUCAGCUACAAAAUGUUUUUACCUAAGUGUGUGCGAGCAAAAAUCCAAGACUACCACAUUUUGACACGAAAAAGAAUAAGGUACAGGUUCCGCAAAUUUAUACAACAGUUUGGCCAAUGCAAAGCCACUGCCAGAAACUUGAAACUUAAGUAUCUCAUAAAUCUGGAAACCCUUCAGCCUGCCUUCUAUUCAGAGGUUUUUGAAGUAAAAGAACCUGGUGGAGGUCCUUCUGGAGAGGAAAGUUUUGCAACCAUUUUAAUAACUGGAAACGGUGGAAUUCAGUGUUCAAGGGGAAAACUGAAAGACUGUGAGACACUUGGAGAGCAGGAUUUGCAAACAUACUGUGAUUUUCCUGAUAUAAUUGACGUCAGCAUUAAACAAGCAAGCCAAGAAGGCUCCAGUGAGAGAAGAAUUGUCACCAUUCACAAACAAGACAGCAAGAAUCUGGAGGCUGAAUUUCAGUCAUUAAGAGAAGCUCUCUCCUUCGUAUCGUUAAUUGAUGGAUAUUACAGAUUAACAGCAGAUGCCCAUCAUUAUCUCUGUAAAGAAGUAGCACCACCGUCAGUCCUUGAAAAUAUUCAAAGCAACUGUCACGGACCAAUUUUCAUGGACUUUGCUAUCAGUAAACUGAAGAAAGCGGGUAAUCAGACUGGUUUCUACGUCCUUCGCUGCAGUCCUAAAGAUUUUAAAAAAUACUUCCUUACCUUUGCUAUAGAGCGUGACCGUACUACAGAUUAUAAGCACUGCUUAAUUACGAAGAAUGAGAAUGGAGAAUAUAAUCUUAGUGGAACCAAGAGAAGUUUCAGUAAUCUUAAGGAUCUCUUGACCUGUUACCAGACAGAAACUGUCCGUUCAGACAGUAUAAUUUUCCAGUUCAUCAAAUGCUGUCCUCCAAAACCAAAAGAUAAAUCAAAUCUCCUAGUCUUCAGAAGCAAUAGCGUUUCUGAUGUACCUUCAUCACCUACGCUACAGAGACACAAUAAUGUCAAUCAGAUGGUCUUUCACAAAAUCCGUAAUGAGGAUUUGAUAUUCGAGGAGAGUCUUGGACAGGGCACAUUCACUAAGAUUUUCAAAGGUGUAAGGAAAGAAGUGGGAGACUAUGGCCAGCUCCAUCAAACUGAAGUUCUUCUAAAGGUGCUGGAUAAAGUCCAUAGAAACUACUCUGAGUCGUUUUUUGAAGCAGCAAGUAUGAUGAGCCAGCUUUCUUACAAACAUUUGGUGUUAAAUUAUGGAGUGUGUGUCUGUGGAGAAGAGAACAUCCUUGUACAAGAAUACGUAAAAUUUGGAUCCUUGGACACAUAUUUGAAAAAGAACAAAAAUAUUAUCAAUAUUUUGUGGAAACUGGAAGUAGCCAAACAGUUGGCAUUAGCCAUGCAUUUUCUGGAGGAUAAAGGCCUUGUUCAUGGCAAUGUCUGUGCAAAAAACAUCUUGCUUAUCAGAGAGGAAGACAGGAAGUCUGGAAACCUGCCAUUUAUAAAGCUGAGUGAUCCUGGCAUCAGUAUUACAGUUUUGCCAAGAGAUAUUCUUCUUGAGAGAAUACCAUGGGUUCCGCCGGAAUGUAUUGAGAAUCCCAAGCAGCUGAGCCUAGCCACAGACAAAUGGAGUUUUGGUACCACUUUAUGGGAAAUCUGUAGUGGAGGAGACAAACCCCUGAGUGCACUGGAUUCUUCCAGAAAACUACAAUUUUAUGAAGAUCGGCACCAGCUUCCUGCCCCCAACUGGACAGAACUUGCAAACCUUAUAAACAACUGCAUGGAUUAUGAGCCAGAUUUCAGGCCUUCUUUUAGAGCAAUUAUACGUGAUUUAAAUAGUUUGUUCACUCCAGAUUACGAGCUGUUGACAGAAAGUGAUAUGUUGCCAAAUAUGAGAAUUGGGGCACUUGGAUUUUCUGGUGCUUUUGAAGAUCGAGACCCAACACAAUUUGAAGAAAGACAUCUCAAAUUUUUACAGCAACUUGGCAAGGGAAAUUUUGGCAGUGUUGAGAUGUGCCGGUAUGACCCGCUGCAGGAUAAUACUGGGGAAGUGGUUGCUGUGAAAAAGCUGCAACACAGCACAGAAGAGCACCUUAGGGACUUCGAAAGAGAAAUUGAGAUACUUAAAUCUCUGCAGCAUGAUAACAUUGUUAAAUACAAAGGAGUUUGCUACAGUGCAGGACGUAGGAAUCUAAGAUUGAUUAUGGAAUACUUACCAUAUGGAAGUUUACGAGAUUAUCUGCAGAAACACAAGGAGAGGCUGGACCACAAGAAGCUUUUGCUGUAUGCAUCACAGAUAUGCAAGGGCAUGGAGUAUCUAGGUACAAAAAGAUACGUUCACCGGGAUUUAGCGACAAGAAAUAUCUUGGUUGAGAAUGAGAAUCGAGUUAAAAUUGGAGAUUUUGGAUUGACAAAAGUCUUGCCACAAGACAAAGAAUACUACAAAGUGAAAGAACCUGGUGAAAGUCCUAUAUUUUGGUAUGCUCCAGAAUCUCUGACAGAAAGCAAGUUUUCUGUGGCCUCAGAUGUGUGGAGUUUUGGUGUMGUUUUGUAUGAACUCUUUACCUAUAUUGACAAAAGCAAAAGCCCGCCAGCUGAAUUCAUGCGCAUGAUUGGCAAUGAUAAACAAGGGCAGAUGAUUGUAUUUCAUUUGAUUGAGCUUUUGAAGAAUAAUGGGCGACUACCGAGACCAGAUGGAUGCCCUGAUGAGAUUUAUGCUAUCAUGAAAGAAUGCUGGAACAAUAACGUUGCCCAGCGCCCGGCCUUUAGGGAUCUUGCUCAGCGAGUGGAUCAUAUAAGGGAAAACAUGGGUGGAUGAGAAGACUGUCCCUCCUUUAGAGGAUGAGUUGGAAUGCAGAGCAAAUGUACUUAGUCACCUGUAUAUAUUUGACAUAUGUACAUGUGCACACAUCUUAUCCUUGCUGGAAGUAAAAUCUAUGUGGCAAAUACCCUCAAUCUUCAUACUGAAGAAUCCUGCUGGGGCUUUUUUAUCAGGAUAUAUUUAUUACUAUGAGAAUACGUUGAAAUUCUCAAUAGGGAUAGAAAUUAUUUUUCUAAAUUAAAUAGUGGUAAUCAUUCAGCAACCCCAUUAUUUGCCUUACUUGGCAAUACCAAAAAGAUGUGACUUAAAAUGUGAUGAAAAUAAGAGAUGGAAAACCAGUUUAUUUCCUUGUUGAAAGGGAGAUGCCUAGAAAAGGCUACUAGAAAUACUUUCACACUGGGUAUAUAKCGACUUGGCACCCUGUUUUGUGUGUUGCACAAAGGCUUUUGUCUGUUAAUACAGUUCCAUGAUUUUUUAAUUGUUGAUGCAGAACUGGCUUCUCUGAAUAACAAAGCAGAAGUGGUUUGGUGUACCUGUCUGAAUCACUUAUCAGCCAGCAGGAUAUCCAAAGAGAUAUAAUAGGCUGUUUGAUGUACUGUAAGUAUUUUGAGAGAAAAGGGAGCAAAUUGUGCCUAAUUGGGAAAGACAGAAAAUUUACUAAUCCAUGCAAAAUUAUGAAAAUGAAAAAGCCAAGAUGUUAUCCUUUUUUUCAUACUCUUCCCUUGUUGAGUAAGUAUAGGAUUAYCUGUAUUGAAGUUAUUGAAGAUACAGUAAUAACACGUAGAAGUGAAGUCAUUUUACACAAGACAAUGUCUUCUUUUUAAAUAAGGAAAAGCUAAACAUUCUGCUUCUAAAUGCUGAUCUUUCAUUCUUUCCAUCUUCAUGGUUUUUGUGCAGUCAUAAGUGUAUCUACGAAUUGGGKUCUUUCAAAGCAGGAUUCAAAAUCUAGAAAAUGCUCUCAUUUUCACAAUUCCUCACUUUGCUGUUGAGAUGAUCAUCUUAAUAUCUUCCUUCCAGCACAGAAAAAGAAUAUGUACAACUCAGUGUCUAUAUGGCCAGUCACAGCCACAUCAAGCCUGUUCUGUGUUGGAGUGGCCCAUGCCUGUUUCAUUCUGUGGUAACAUCCAACAUGAAACUCUUUGGAAGUGCAAUUGCUCCGCGCUCAGCGGAGGGCAAGGACAUUAUUCCAGUUACUGAGAACUGGAAGAUCAGGCUACCUGAAUGCUGUAUAACUCAGUUUUUGAAAUGCAAAACAAAAAAUUUUGGAGAAGAGAGCACUUCGGUUUUGCCCAUAGGCAGAACACUUGGGGAUAAUCUUAUAUCUCAAAGCAGUAUAAUUUCAGUUUGUUUAUUUUUAGUUCAAAUAAUCUUGUUUGUUUGUUUGUUUGUCUUAAGCAUUAUUGUUUGCAAAGUAAAAUGCUUGUUCUUCUUGGACUUCCACUGAAAGAAGUUCAGUUAAGGGGAUAUACAGCUUGGCAAACUGACAUGACAUCCAGAUUUAUAUUUAAAAUUCGGUGUUCAUUUUUCAAAUUUGUGGCAGUGAGUUAGUGAAACAGAGGUUACUUUCACUUUGGCACCUCCUUMAGUUUUGUGGUUAACUACAUCCAUCUUAACAGAAGUUGAAGAACCUCAACUUUAAUUUUUUUUUUAAAUCCUUAACAUAGUGCCAGUAUAGCAGCAUUUUAUACCACUAUGAUGUUUCUCUCCCACAAUCACUCCUACAAAAUUGUUAUUUUGUUGUAAGAGAGAAUGCUAAAUAGGGAGAGCAGCAUCAGCUCUCUCUCUCCCCAUUGCAUUUAAACCUAUUUCUGUCAGUGUUCUUGCCACCAAGCACUUGCAUAAAUGAUUUUUCAAACUAAUUUCUCAGUCAGUUUUUAAGCUGCAAAGAACUUGGAAGUGCUUUGCUCAACUUAAUGUGUUUUCACAAUUUCUGUAUACUGCUUUGAGGAUUUUGAGUUUUGUGCAAAAAAUGUCUUUGCAUUUGUAGUCUCAGUUAUGUGUACGUGUUUUUUGUAACAAAGGAGAUAAAGCUUUAAAGCAUUGAGACAGCAUUUUAGCUGGAUAACAUAUGCAGGAAUUACGUAAAAUUUGCAGUGUAUGACACUCAGUAGCUCACUGGUUUCAMAUACAUAGUAGACUAAACGUAAUUUAUGUAAAAAUCUCAGGGAAGUUUGUGUAAUGCAAUGAAGAAAUCUUCCAGUCUGCUAUUUUUUUCAAGUGAAUCAAACGUCUUUUUCUUGUUCUACUACAGUAUGACUAAUUACAUAGUCUGUCUGGUUGCAUAAAUGUAGUGGUGAACUCAAGGUUGAUUUUAAGGGUCUUGUGGAGUUUGUUUGUUUUGGUUUUUUUUUUUUUNUUUUUUUUUUUUUUUUUUUUUUUUUUUUUUUUUUUUUUUUUUUUUUUUUUUUUUUUUUUUUAACCUUAAUACUAUAUCAUUUUUAGAGAAAGCCAUAUCUUUACACUGCAGUGUAUCUUUACACUGCAGUUGGUGAGAGACAGUCUCUGGUAACAACCAGAGGCCUGUGCAGAGAGCAUGAUUAUUUGGGAUGAACCUUAGCUGGGAGAAUAGGACCAAGUAGUGCUUAGGACUUAGGGGAUGUAUAGUCAUCUGCAGUGUCAAUAUUUAGGUCCCAGAGCAAACCCAGUGGCUUUCUCAAAAAGCUGUUGAGGAUGUAAAUGUGGUGAUUUUGUUGAAUGUGUUACUGCCAGUUGUGUAACUUCUAAAGAAAAAACCACCACCACCACACCAAAACAACAAAAACCAUUGUAUUUUGUAUUUUGAAAGCUCUCAGAUCUACAGUAGCAUUGAUGUUAUAUCUUUACAUAGCCUUUGUAUUAGUAGACUAAGUACUUUGUUUUAGAAAUUGUCUUCGGUUGGCAUUGCAUUUGUCAUACAUUAGUGUAAUCAUUAUGCUACCCAAAAUGCUGUUUGGUUUUUUUGGUAGGAAAAGUGCUUGUUUAUGUAUACACGACUGCUACUACAAUGUAGAAUUACAAUAUUAGCUACYGCUUUGCACUUACAUUUGAAGUGAAGAAUUUAUAUAAGUGUGCAGUGUAUCUUACAGAAUCUCUGCAAUCAAGUAUUGUGUCGUGUAGUAUUGGUUUGUUCGCUAUCAGUAUAAAUAUGUUAAGUUUCAAAUUUAGUUUUUAAAUAUAUUCCACACAGUAUUCCAGAAAUUUGCAAGAGUCAUGUAGUAAGCCAGAAGAAGAAUGAAUUUUCAGGAGAAGAAAUCAGUGUUCUUGUCAAGUUCUAGAACUGGUUAAAAGUUUCCAUAGUUGAGAUAAUUGUUGCUAAAUGUUCUGAUGAAUACAACUUUAACAAUAUAUGUAAAAAUUUUAUUUUUCCCCCAAAAUUCAGUUUUUAGUUGUUGCAUUUAGUUGAGAUGUUGACCAGCUGCCUUGAAAUGUAUGGGAUAAGAUGUUACUGUAUGAAGUAGGAAGAAAUGUAACUCUUGAGUCAAGAAAGCAAGCUUUUCAGGAAUGUAGGAUCACAAACAUCUAGAAGAUAGAGUUCUGAGAGCAAAAGUAGCAGAACAAGACUAAAAUAAGAAGGCUGAUGUUCAGYGUGGGACAAGGUUUCUGAAUGUGAAAUGCACAAUGAAUUAGGAAAUACUGAUGUCUACUGAAAAUGCCAUACCAGCACAAAUAUGUGCUAAUGUAUUUCUAAAUUGUGUAUUGUCUGCCUUAAGUCUAAAAUAUUCACAGACACCCAACCUGGCUGAAACAAUGUCAAGAAUUACUUUACCAAAAAAAAAUUACUAAACGUUGUGCCAUGCCAGACAACAAUUCUGAAAAGGUGUUUGAUUAAGAAGUUUUUUCUGAAUUUUUCUUUUUGAAUAAGAGGUUUACAGUACUUUAUAUUAAAGUAGAAAUAGAUCCUUGGUAGUAGGAAGCAGGGAGAAGACACCUGCUACUUAUGAUUGGAAUGUAAACGUUUGAACACAUAGUUUGUUGAAGAGAACAUGAAAAGGACAUUUUUAGAGAACKKUGUAUCCAUACCUGAAACUUAACUGUGUGUUUCUUCUGUGUUUGGAUAGUGAAAAUAAAAUAAAUGUAUUCAAUGGAUGACACAUGCCUGCCAGCAUUUUCUUUUGU